AUGGUGCGUCAGCUGCACGACGGUAUGAUGGCGCGAGUCACGGACAACGGAGCUGUCUCAGAGGCAUUCGCAGUGACUAACGGAGUGAAGCAGGGAUGCGUGCUGGCACCAACCCUCUUCAGUCUUAUGUUCUCUGCCAUGCUGAUGGACGCCUACCGCGACGAACGCCCCGGGAUUCGCAUCGCCUACAGGACGGACGGUCACCUGCUGAAUCAAUGGCGGAUGCACUUCCAAUCACGCGUAUCCACAACAACCGUUCACGAACUCCUCUUCGCCGACAACUGCGCCCUGAACACCACCUCAGAAGAGGAGAUGCAACGGAGCAUGGACCUGUUCUCCGCCGCCUGCGAGAAUUUCGGUCUGGUCAUUAACACGCAGAAGACGGUGGUGAUGCACCAACCGCCACCCAACUCAGCCACAGCCCCCAACGCGUCGCCGCAAAUCAGCGUGAAUGGGACCCUACUGCAAGUGGUGGAGAACUUCCCGUACCUGGGCAGUAAUCUCUCCCGCACCACCAAGAUUGAUGACGAAGUCGCCAACAGGAUCUCGAAAGCCAGUCAAGCCUUUGGUCGUCCCCAAAGCACAGUUUGGAAUCGUCACGGUCUUCAACUGAACACGAAGCUGAAGAUGUACAAGGCCGUUAUCCUGCCGACGCUACUGUACGGAGCAGAGACCUGGACGGUGUACACGAGGCAGGCACGCCGUCUGAACCACUUCCACCUCAGUUGUCUUCGUCGCAUCCUGCGGCUGAACUGGCAGGAUCGCAUCCGCGACACUGAUGUGCUGGAAGGAACGGGAAUGCUCAGCAUCUACUCCAUGUUGAGACAAAUGCAGCUGCGCUGGAGCGGCCACCUGGUGCGCAUGGACGACGAGCGGCUACCCAAACGACUCUUCUACGGAGACGUCGCGACAGGUUCUCGUCGUCAAGGAGGCCCAAUUCGUCGAUACAAGGAUACCCUGAAGUCCUCCCUGAAGCUACUGCAAAUCAACCCGACCAACUGGGAAGAGCUCGCCUGCGAUCGUCCGGCAUGGAGGAGAACAGUGAAGGCGGGCGCUGCUAUCCACGAAGCCAACCGCAUCGCCGCCGCCAAAGCGAAACGCGAAGCCCGCAAAUCCCAACUGCGCCCAGUCAGCAACGCUGCCGCACAACUGCUUCCAACGUGUCCUCGAUGUAAGCGGACAUUCCGGGCUCGGAUCGGCCUUGUUGGACAUAUUCGGAUCAACUGUACCUCUCGAACUGCACCAACUUUCAUCCCCCCGGCCGCGUCAUCCUCGUCCUCUCUGCCGCCGAAUAACUCUGUGAAUUCUUCUGCACCACCACUUCCAUCCUCCUCCUCUGCCUCCUCCAUCACCACCCCCACCACCACCACCACUGCCCCAACAGCGGCCGCUCAGGCAGCCGUCUCGCACAUCUCCGACCGCGACAACAACCGGCACCACCCCCGCCUCUCCUGA